AUGGAUUUGCUAUUAGAGGCAGAAAACAUAAUAAAUUCUGCAAGAGAUACAUCUGCUAAAGCUCUUUAUGCAGAAGAAAAGAAAUAUAUAACUUUGAGCCCGUUUAAAGAUAUUGUUCGUAAAUUACAGAUGGAAAAUAUCGAAAUUAAAUCUAAAAUCCAAGAAUUAACCGACGAAAAAGAAAUACCCUUAAGUGAAUAUAUCAAUACUAGACUAAAUAUCAUAAUACAGCAAUUAAAUCCGAAUAUUAUAAUUUCGCCAGAUAUUAACGUGACUAAAGAUCUAAUUGUAAAAGCAUUAAAGAACUACGAAACAACUAUACGAACUGAUAUGCUUGAUAUUAAAGAAGACAAUAAACACGUAAUCGAAAAGAUAUCUUCUGUUGGAAAAGUACCAGAAUUUAAGAAAAUCAAUCAAGAAACGACAUUAAACGAAAAGAUAGACGAAUCUUCCAAUCUACAAAGCGAACUUAAUACUAUCCAAGAAAAAUAUGAAAAAUUAUUAUCACAGAAUCAGCUAUUAAAGAAAGAGAUACAAAUAAUGAAUCAGCAUAUAAAGUCAUCAAAAUCUCGUCUAAAGACAAUAUCGGAUGUAGAAAAUACGAAAUCAUCAAAAUAUAAUUCCUCAAAAUCCGUAAUUAAGAACCUAACUAAGAGUAUAAGGAAGGUAGAAAAGAACAUUGAUCUAACUAAGCUUGUCCAACGAUACUCAGAUUCAAUACUCGAAAUCCCUAAGCCGAAGCUUGAAGAGCUUUCCCAGUUGCUUAAUGAGAUAGAAAACCUACAGCGUGUGAAUCAAGAAGUCCGAAACCAAAAAAUGGUUGCCAAAAUCAGCACAAUUCGGAUCACGCAAUCCGUAUCUAACCAAAAAAAUACUAGUUUUAGAUACAUUAUCUAA